CUCGAAAAGAAGUAAAAAGAAAAAAAGAAAAGAGUCCCAUUUCAUUUCAAAAACCGUGGAAGCUGUUGAUUUCCUCUUUCAAUUCCCACCAUUCCCCAAGGAAAAUAGAAAGCUCUCUCUCUCUCUCUCUGGAAACUUUUCUAUCGCCUUCUCUCCUGCAAUGGAGAUCCUCUCAACGCCGAUCAGUUCCUGCUCUCGAGAACACCAAAAGAUCUACCAGGAUUGGUUUUCCUACGCCGAUUCAGACAACGAUGGCCGCAUUACCGGAAAUGACGCCACGAAAUUCUUUGCCAUCUCGAAACUGUCCCGUCCCGAACUCAAACAGGUGUGGGCAGUUGCAGACUCGAAACGGCAGGGAUUCCUUGGUUUCAGAGAGUUCAUUACUGCAAUGCAGCUGAUUGCUCUAGCACAAUCAGGGAAAGAAAUUACUCCGGAUGUUCUUGCUGCUGCAGAACUGGAGAAUUUGGGACCUCCAUUAUUGGAAGGUUUGGAUAUAUUAAUAGCUAAAAGUAAGCCUUCACCCAAGAAAAGCGAUCCUGAUCUAGAUGUAACUCAGUACCAAUCACCAUCAUUCCAAUGGUUCACAUCAAAGUCUUCAAAAAAGGUACCCCUUGGCUCUGUCACAUCAAUAAUCGAUGGCUUGAAGAAGCUAUACAUUGAAAAGCUGAAGCCCCUGGAAGCUACCUAUCGAUUUAAUGAUUUUGCUUCUCCUUUAUUGACAAGCAGUGAUUUCGAUGCUAGGCCAAUGGUUAUGCUCUUGGGCCAGUACUCCACUGGGAAAACAACAUUCAUUAAACAUUUGCUAAACUGCAGUUAUCCAGGAGCGCACAUCGGACCGGAACCUACAACUGACAGAUUUGUUGUUGUUAUGUCAGGACCUGAUGAAAGGAGCAUUCCAGGGAACACUAUUGCUGUGCAAGCAGACAUGCCAUACAGUGGUCUCACAACAUUUGGAACUGCAUUCUUGUCAAAAUUUCAGUGCUCCCAGAUGCCUCAUCCACUGCUAGAGCACAUCACUUUUGUUGAUACACCGGGAGUUCUGUCUGGAGAAAAACAACGGACACAACGCAGCUAUGAUUUCACAGGCGUUACAUCAUGGUUUGCUGCAAAGUGUGACCUUAUUCUUCUUUUGUUCGAUCCUCAUAAACUUGAUAUCAGUGAUGAGUUCAAGCGCGUGAUUGGUUCUCUACGAGGUCAUGAUGACAAGAUACGCGUGGUUUUGAAUAAGGCAGACCAAGUUGAUACCCAACAACUGAUGAGAGUUUACGGGGCAUUGAUGUGGUCACUCGGAAAAGUUUUGAAUACUCCUGAGGUUAUGCGUGUCUAUAUCGGCUCAUUCAAUGACAAACCCGUAAAUGAAGCUGUCAUUGGCCCAAUUGGAAAAGAGUUGUUUGAGCGAGAACAAGACGACCUUCUUUCCGAUUUGAAAGAUAUUCCUAAAAAGGCUUGUGAUCGCCGAAUCAAUGAAUUUGUAAAACGUGCUAGAGCUGCUAAGAUUCAUGCCUACAUCAUCAGCCAUCUAAAAAAAGAGAUGCCUGCAAUGAUGGGCAAGGCCAAAGCUCAACAACGACUCAUUGACAAUCUAGAAGAUGAAUUUGCAAAGGUCCAAAGGGAAUUUCAUCUUCCAGCUGGGGAUUUUCCUAAUGUCGAACACUUCAGAGAAGUCUUGGGCGGAUAUAAUAUUGACAAGUUUGAGAAGUUGAAGCCUAAGAUGAUACAAGCCGUCGAUGAUAUGCUAGGAUAUGACAUACCACAGCUCCUCAGGAACUUCAAAAACCCUUACGAGUGACGCAAAUCCAGCUGAAGACGAGAAAAGAGUGGGAAGGAUGGUUGAUGGUAUGUAUUACAUGAUUUUUAUAUAGCUCUUGGAUGCAGAAUUAUGGGGUCCUGAUGCAUCAGUCCUCAAGUUCUCCUGAUGUACCAGUCCAUAAAAGUUGGCCAUGAUUUGGUGAUCUAAACCAUAGUUUGAAAAACCCAAAAACUCAACUUGACUCGAUGUUCAGCCAUGUCAGUUGACUCAAAGACUCGACUCGACUUGACUCAAUUCGAUAUGUAACAAAUUCAUAAAUAAAAAAUUAGGAAUGGAGGUGGAUUUUUAA